AUGGGGAAGGCUGGGAACGAGAGGAGAGGCGGCAGCAGCAGCGAGGCGAGCGGAGGGCUGACAGGGGAGCAGGAUAGGGGGAGCAGGGGGGGCGAGGAAGCGGAGGAGGACGGGGAGAAGGAGCAGAGGAGGCGGAGUGGCGGAGGGCGGAGGGGAGCAUCGGUGGUGAACAGGGGGGCGUGGACGGCGGAGGAGGAUGAGCGGCUGGCGGCGCUGGUGGCGGUGCACGGGGCGAAAAACUGGAGCGUCAUCGCUGCUGGUAUCCCUGGCAGGCCGGGGAAGAGCUGCCGACUCAGGUGGUGCAACCAGCUGGACCCGGCGUUGAGGCGAGGCCAGUUCACGGUGGAGGAGGAUGCGCGCAUCAUCACAGCGCACGCCAUCCACGGCAACAAGUGGGCCCUCAUCGCCAAGAACCUUCCCGGACGCACGGACAACGCCAUAAAGAACUAUUGGAACUCCGCCAUGCGCCGCAAGUACCCUCUCCUGCGCGGCCUCUCCACGCCCCCUCAAGGCCCCCCACACUCCGCCCAGGCCCACUCCGCACAGUCCCACUCCGCCUCGCCCUCCCACCCUGCACCAGCGCAGCCCCAGCCCUCCCACGCGCCCGCCCUCCCCUCUGGCAACCAGCAGGGGGGAGAGGAGGGCGCGUACGAGCGGGCAGUGCGGUUUGUGGCGGGCGUGCAGGCGAGGGGCGUGGCGGCGCUGGUGGAGGAGGUGGAAAGAGUCAGGGAGGAGGGCGUGGGGCGCAUCCGCAAGAUCCUGGAAGGUUCGCCCCUGGGUGAUGCGGCGCUGCUGCAGGCGAGGGAGGUGGGUGUAAGCGAGGGAGACGAGAGGGAAGAAGGAAUGGCCGAGGAGAGCGAGGAGUGGGGGGAUGGAGAGCAGCAGACGGUGCAGGGAGCAGGGGAAUGGGAGACAGUGCAGGGGGAGGCGAGGGUAGGGGGGUGGAGGGCGAGUGAGGCGAUAGAGGGGGGGAGAGGAGUGAAGCAGGAAGUAGAGGAGGGGGUGGAUGGCAUAGAAGAUUAUAGAGGGAUGGAAGAGGAGGGUGGAUUGUGUGCUCCGGAGCUACACGCCUCAACAGCAUGUGCUCUCCCUCCGCCCCUGGCACAGUGUGACGUCGUGCCUUUUGCCAGCCAGACUGCCGCCAACAUCAGCCAUGCGACCCAUGCGACGAGGGCGAGUGGUGGCAGUGACAGCACGCACGCUGGGGGCGUGCCUGUGGAGGCUCAUGAUGCGGAUGACUUAGUUCCACACAGUGCGGGUGGGAGCAGCAGCAGGAAAAGGCGGUAUGAGGCCUGCUGUGCGGAUCAUGUGGGCGCUCGUGCUGCCCACGGUGCUGCUGCUACUGGCGGUGGUGGUGGUGCUGCUGCCACGAGUCAGCACAGCGCCCUCACCUGCCACUUUGACCGCCGCCCUCGCUUCCGAGUGUCACCCACUGCCCUCCCUGUCACCUCGUCUGUGCCUGCACCCACUGCUGCUUCGCCUCCACUGCUGCCGCCUCCCACCCUUCCCACCACCACCCCUACUGUUACCACCUCCUCCCUCCCUCUCUCACACACCUCUCAAGGCGCCACCCAGCAGACACACACACCGUCACCAUCACCAUCCUCCCCACCACUCACUCCCUCUUGCCCUCCCUCCCUCACUCACCCCCACCACCACCAUUCCCUCGCCCCUCCACAUCUCUCCUCGCGCUUUUCAUUCGCCACUCUCCCCUCCGGCCUCUCCCACUCCUCUCUCCUCCCUGCCACCCACACUCCCUCCCUUCUCCAGCCCUCCCAACCAUCCAAUCCUCCCACACCCCUUACUGCCCAGCCACUCCCGCUUGACCGAGCCUCAGGUCCUGGUUCGGGUGAAAGCGGCCUGGUAGGUGCAGGACAGGCGGCAGCAAAACAUGGUGGCGGUGGCAUGAGGGGCGGUGGAGGAGGGGACGGGAGCAUGAGGGGGGUGGGUUUGGGGGCAUUUCAGCUGGGGAAGGUGUUUACUGCAGUGCAGGUGACAGGGGGCGAUGAGAGCUUGUGCACGCACAGGGGGUGUGAGGCCGAUGAACAGUGUAAGGCAGCCGCGAGACAAGGGGAGAGGCAGGGACAAGAAUGGGAAAAGGAAGGAGGCUGUGCAGGAGAGAGAAUUGAGAUUUCGGAGGUUACGGAGGAGGAAAGCAGAGGGCAGCAGGGGAUGGAAGUCUGUGGGUCAGAGAAAGAGAAGACCCUGUGCCCACACGGAAUAGAUAAAACCAACUCACAGCCCUUGCAGCACAGUCUGCACCCAGACACAUGCCUUGUUGGUGCAGUCCCACAGCCAAUGCAAGACUGCCACGUGGCAGGGCAGGGGCAGUGUGGGGCACGCGUGCGGCGGCACGUGCAUCGAGUAUUGGCGUCGGCAUGUGGGGUGGCCCGGCUGCUGCUGGAGGAGCUGCAAUGGCGGCACGGAAUGGUGGAGGGGCGAGCCGACGAGGAGGACGUGGAGGAGCGGUGGGGGAACGUAAGAGGAGAAGGUGGUGAGGGGCCACAGGUGGUAGAUCCGGUGGGGGAUGUGCGUUGUUGCAGUGAUGAGCGGUGCUGCUCGGUGAGCAGUGGUGCUGAGGGUGCAGCUGAGGGCAUGGCAUGCCGGCAUGUGCUGGAUGCCAUGUUGGCUGUGUGCUUCAGACUUGCUGCACCAGGUGGGGCUAGCGAGUGCAGCCAUAGAUGUGCUAGUGCACAUGAUGAUGCGCGAUUUUAG